CAAGUUCCGUGAUCACCGGUUUUAUUCAAUCAAAAGAGCGUGAACACCAACAUCCGCAGGACCAACAAGUGCCGUCCGCGAGAACACGAGUGUUUCAGUGCUUUUGGAUUUACUCUCUCACACACACAUCUACAGAAUGACCAAGUGGACUUCGAUCGCCCUGGCUCUGGUGGUGUUAGCCGCUGUCGCCGCCAACGCAACCCCCAUCACCAAUGGUGCCUCUCACAAGGUCAUGGGCAGACAGGGUGACGCUCCCUCUGCCGAGGUUGUGACCAGCGCCCCCGCUGCCGCUGCUGCCCCCGCCGCCUCCGCUGAAGAGGAGGACGACGAUGAGGACGAUGACGAUGAUGACUACGACAUUGAAGACGCUCUUGGAGAUGAUGAUGAUGACGAUGAGGAGGAGGACGAUGAAGCCGAAGACGAUGAAGAAGAGGAUGACGACGAGGAUUACCUCGACAGAUUCUUUGACGACAUUCUCGCAGAUGAUGACGACGACGAUGACGAGUCACCACCUAAGCCGAAGCCAAGCAAAGCACCCGUAGUCGCGACCACAAGUGCACCAGUUGCCCAAGUCAUUAAGGACACCGUAAAGCCGGAUGACGACGAUGAUGCCGACGAUGAUUUGGACGAGGUCUACGAUUCAGUCGGCGCAGGUAGUACCAAUAACGACGUUAAAAAACCCAGCGAGGGAGGAUUGGAGGAUUAUUUGGGGGAGGAUGAUGAGGCCGAAAAAGAUGAGUCAACCGAGGACGAUGACGAAGAGGAUGAGGACGAUGAAGAAACCGUCGAAGACGAAGACGACGAGGAUGAUGAUGAUGAUGACGAUCUCACGCAGAAGAGAUCACGCUCUCUGAAGGGCCAAGACAUUCCCGCCGCCCAUUUGGUCAAGUACAACGAGUUCGUGGACUCCAUCAUUGGCAAAAUCAAUGAAGUCCUCAAGCAGACUUUCGACCCUGUGUCCAUCAAACUAACUCGUGGAUCGCAAACGCCUAGUCGUAAACCUGUCAGCAAGCCGAAGGGCCAGAGCUUGGAAAAUGCCUCAAAUGUCGGUCCCGCAUACGAAGUCGUCGACCUGACUCAGGAAUCGUCCGAGUCGGAAACUCCCCUGACGAGGACCAAGCGCGUCCGCAGUCACCGCACCCUCAACGUCGGCAGUACCCAAAAGAAGAAGAAGACCAACAAGAACCAGCUGAGAGCUCAGCGCGCCCACGCCACCCUUAUUGGCCUGUCCUCUGUCCGACGGGAUGGCGAUGUCGUGUUCAACAAAUACGCCGACCACUCGACCAUCAAGAGCAACUUCCUCAUCGGGCCCCUCGUGCUGCGCGUGGAGAAGGCGUUCGGACGCGGCGCCAAGAAGGAGCUGAGGAGUGCGACUGCCACUACUGACAAGAUGAGUGGACGCAUGGUACUCAAGAUCAACCAGGAUGGAAUUGCUUCCAUGCACUCGAUCAGGGUCCUCCAGCCUAAGCAGGUUCGCGUCGAGAGCGAUGACGACCACGAGCAAACCCGUGAGUUCGUCUGGAAGAGGUCCAGCCACAUCGCCCGUGUCGUUUCUCAAAAGUUGACCAAAGCCGCUCGUGAAAUGUUGGGUGUCAACAAAAAUCAGACGCACGCUUAAAUGAAGGCUACCUGAAAUGCAGUACCACACACAAGUCUCUGUGAAAGAGGCUUUGGAUUCCCCGACUUUUAGCAAUUAAUGAUGGUGAUACAAAAACAAAACGAAUCAGCAAACUUGGAUUGAAUUUGCUACGCUGCUUUUUAAUUUAUUUAUUGUAUAUUUAGUAAUUUAUUAAAAGAGAUAUUUUGUAACUGAG